GCUUUCGUAAGAUUUUGCUUCCGUGAUGACAGUGUUCCUACGGGUGUAGUGAACAUUUUUAGCGUUUUAAUUUGAUGCAAUAUGUCGUCAUUUUCCGACGAUCCACUUACAUUAACGAAAGAUCAGCUAAAACGUGAACUAAAGGCAAACGGUAUUUCACUUCCGCGGGCUGAGCAAAAAAAAUCCUUUUACGUUGACUUGUACUUGGAGCAUUUUACUUCGCAAAAUGGAGAUGAAGAAUUUUCUUCCGAUGAAGAGGUGCCUCAGUAUUCUUCGAUGCGAGCCAGCGAGAAGCUGCCAGUCAAGCCACCCAAGAAGGUGACCAUCAAUAAAAGAGUUAAAGGCGGCCUUCCAUUUGAUGUGGUGGCUUUGUCCGAUGGCGAUCUUGCCAGGCAGCUUAAAUCCUUUGGAGCUACAGUAGGCCCUAUUACAGAAUCCACACGCCCUUUGUACCAAAAGAAACUAGCAAAGUUGCUAACAGAGGAGAAAAGUAGUCCUGCUAUCUCAGCUGCAGUGAAAGUUUCCCCAAAACAACCAAAGGCUUCUCCAGUAAAGCCCAAGGAGGAGUAUGUGGAAUUCUCAGAUGAUAAUGAAGUUUCGUCAGAAGAGAAAGAAGAGGAAGCAGUAGAACAGCUUCCAUAUGAACUUGAUGAGGAAGUCCAGCAAAAUGCAGGUCCAAAGCACCUUUCCUAUUCAAGAACAUCAUCCCCACCAUCAAAAGCAACCCUAAGACAAAGAGUCGCACCAAGCAUGACAAUGAGAACGCAGCAGACCCAGGAAAUCUUUACCAAGGAUCCCGAGAACAACUUGUCCAAAGAAAAUCCUGCAGAAAUGGCAGCAAAGAAGAAGACUCCAGAGCUUAACAAGGAGGAAAAUAGCAUAUGUGGUCCUCACAUUCAAAUUCUGCUGGCUGUUGGAGUUUUUCUUGUCUUUACGGCUUUCUUGAUUUAUCAUCUGAUGGAAGAUACUCCCAGACUUGAAGUAAAGGGAGACAAUAGUUGAGCUGUAGUGACAAUAUGAUUGUUCAUAAAACAAUGCUGAAGAGUUUCAGUAUACCUGUAGGUUACAAUUAAAAUAUGUUUUUCAUUCCUUGUGAGUGCAUGUACCUUGUAGAGAGUAAAAAUAAUGUUAUUUUAGAUGUAGCUCGAAAAUUCUGUAGAAGUUUGAUUUUGUAGAUUGGAAAAAUUUUGCAGUGUGGAUCGGGAGAAAUUUCUUUUAGGAAGCACUGUUGCUUUUUUCAAUUUUUAGAUCAAGCAGCCAAACAUAACCAAGUAAUGGAAUGUGCUUUUGUCAACUUUUAUCUUUGGCUGAUUUUAUUUCUUCUUUCCUGAGGUACUUCACCAAAUACUUUUUUGGAAUACUACACAAAAAUCAUUAAAAAAAAGCCUACUCUUUCCUACACUUAGAGAUUUUCAGUUCCCUAAAGGUUGUAAGUUUUGGCAAACUUUUAUUUUCUGGUGUGUUUUUUUCUCUGCAAGAACUUCUUUUUCAGUAUCAAGCACAGAAUAAUCUGAUAAGAUCCACAAAUUUUAAAACUUGCAUAAUUUUUUAUUUUAUGCUACAUGUACAUAGUAGUCAUGCUUGUUGUAUUGUAAUUAGCAAGGUCAAUUAAAGAGACUUUCUGACAAAGAA